GCCACACAGCGCUCUCCCCGUGGACGUGGAAAGAUGUCCUGAGCGACGGCGGGCUGAAACCGUGGCCGGCGGUUUCCGAUGGCUGGCCGAGGGCGCCGUCCGACCUGGGGCGCCCCCUCUAACCCCCGCAGAGGGGGCGGUGACGGGGGGACUCACCACGGCCGCCUACCCGUGUGGCUGCUGCUACUGCUGCUGCCACUGCAUCUCGCCUCACUCGUCGCCACGCAGAGCAGCUCUACGGCUACGGCGGGAGUUUCCCCGCCUGCCUCGGGGGCUCUCCUGCGGCGGCGGCAGCAGGCGCAGCCCAUCUUCCACAUUGGCGCCGUGGUGAACCCUCCGGACAGCACCAGUUACUUCGCGCAAGCCAUAGAGGACGCCGUUGCCGAACACGGCAUCACCCUCUACGCACAGACGGUCCACAUGAACUCAAACCCCAUACGCAUAGCACAGAGCGUCUGCGAAAACCUCAUCUCUUCACAGGUGUUUGCUGUCGUGAUCAGUCACCCAGUGUCCGGCGAACUGUCUCCCGCCGCAGUAUCGUAUACGUGCGGCUUCUACAACGUACCUGUCAUCGGCAUCAGCUCCAGGCACAGCUCCCUCUCCGACAAAAACCUGCACCGGACGUUCCUGCGCACGGUGCCACCGUACUCUCAGCAGGCCGAUGUGUGGGUGGAGCUGCUGCAGUUCCUCAAGUACCGCUGCGUGGUCUUCAUCCACAGCUCGGACAACGACGGCCGCGCCACGCUGGGACGAUUCCAGAACAAAGCCGAACCCCAGGGCAUCAAGCUCGAACGAGUCAUCGAAUACGAACCAGGCAUCACCGACAUUACGCAAGAAUUGGAAGAAACCAAGGAAAUUCACUGCCGUGUGUUUGUGCUCUACGCAACUGCAGAAGAUGCGACGGGAAUAUAUUCCGAAGUGGCCUUUUUGAACAUGACAAGUCCAGGCUAUGUCUGGAUUGUGUCCGAACAAGCCCUCAGAGCACCAAAUGUGCCUGACGGUGUGCUGGGGCUAGAACUAGUAAACGCAUCCGACGAGAGAGCCCACAUACGGGACAGUGUUCAGGUGAUAGCUCUAGCCCUGAAAGAACUCCAGAAGGACCCCAACAUGACUCAGCCGAACAUUAGCUGCAGCAUGCUUGGAAACUCCUGGGAGUCUGGACUCAAGCUUGUGAGCUUGCUCAAGAAACAGAAGCUGCUUCGCGGGGAGACAGGACGCGUUCGAUUCGACGACAAGGGUGACCGACUCGACAGCGACUACGACAUCCUCAACGUGGUGCGUGGAAGCCACGUCCCAGUGGGCCAGUACGUCUUCUCCAAGUGGGCCAUGAGCAUGGAGCUCGAGCUGGAGCUGGAGAAAAUGGUCUGGCCCGGGCGGCAGACGGAGACGCCGCUGGGUUACGUGAUCCCCAAGCACCUGCACGUCGCCACCAUCGCCGAGAGGCCCUUCGUGUGGGUGAGGCCUGUCGCGGACGAGUCUCAGUGCCUGCCAUCCGAGAUACUCUGUCCAUGGACCAACAGCACAGACGGUACUGCGUAUCCCUACUGUUGCGAGGGAUACUGCAUGGAUCUCCUGAGAAGCCUUGCCCACAAACUCAACUUUACAUAUACAUUGUAUCAAGUCCAAGACGGGCAGUACGGAACGUUUGAUUUCGUAAACGGGUCGACGUACAAACGUUGGUCCGGCAUGGUUGGUGAUCUGGUGCGCGGCGUCGCCGACAUGAUCAUCGCGCCGCUCACAAUCACCCCGGAGAGAUCGAUGGAGAUCGACUUCACCAAACCAUUUAAAUACCAAGGCAUCACCAUCCUGGCAAAGAAGCAAGACAAGAGUUCUACGCUGGCGUCAUUUCUUCAGCCUUUCCAAAAGACGCUAUGGAUUCUGGUGAUGGUUUCGGUUCACGUGGUGGCGCUAGCGCUGUACCUGCUCGACCGGUUCAGCCCCUUCGGUCGAUACAAGCUCCCCAACAGCGAUGCGACCGAGGAAGAUGCGCUCAACCUUUCUAGCGCCAUCUGGUUUGCAUGGGGAGUACUGCUCAACAGCGGCAUUGCUGAAGGCACGCCAAGAAGCUUCAGCGGCCGCGUCCUAGGAAUGGUUUGGGCUGGAUUUGCCAUGAUUGUGGUAGCCUCCUACACUGCCAACCUGGCAGCAUUCCUCGUCUUAGAAAAGCCCGAAUCUUCACUUUCCGGUAUCAACGACCCGAGGUUGCGCAAUCCCUCGGAGAACUUUACUUACGCCACGGUGAAAGGGAGCGCCGUAGACAUGUACUUCCGGCGACAAGUGGAGCUGUCCAACAUGUACAGGAUCAUGGAGGGCAAGAACUAUGAGACCGUGGAAGAAGGUAUUGAGGCCCUGAAGAACAACCAAUUGGAUGCAUUCAUCUGGGACUCUUCCCGGCUGGAAUUCGAGGCGGCUCAGCACUGCGACCUGGUCACCGCCGGCGAGCAGUUUGGUCGCUCGGGGUACGGAAUCGGCCUACAACGCAACUCCUUCUGGGUCGACAAGGUCACGCUUACGCUCCUGGAGAUGCACGAGAGUGGCUACAUGGAACAGCUAGACAGCAAAUGGAUAAUCCGCGACGGCGAAAAAUGCGAAACCAAGAAUGAACGCACUCCGGCAACGCUGGGUCUCACCAACAUGGCGGGCGUGUUCAUCCUGGUGGGCGCCGGUAUCGUGGGUGGUAUAGGGCUCAUUGUGAUAGAGAUCGUGUACAAAAAGCACCAGACACGCAAGCAACGGAGGCUCGAGCUCGCCAGGCACGCCGCCGACAAAUGGCGCGGAGCUGUUGAGCACUGGGAGGACUGGGAUCCCGAAGCUUAUUACGAUCUGAGCCCUAGGCCUAACCGUCAAGGUGACAAGGAAAAGCUCGCGGAGCCGCCGCAGCCGCAGCUGCAACCACUUUCACACAUGUGGAAGAACUUGGACGUGCUCGCAGCGACUAGAACGAGAACCGUGGGGACCAACACUGAGCCUUCGUUCCUGGAGAUUCCCGGGAGCAAAGCUAAAAGGCGACGAAGAAGGCGACCAGCCAGAGAACGAAGCUCUAGCAGAGACUUAAGUCAAAGUUCUAGUCGAGACACGGACUCUAGUGGUGACAAUGCCGUGAACAGCCGUCCUGCGGCUGUGAAGCAAAAACACAAGGCAUCUCCUGUUUUAAUGGUGCACUGAACUGGCAGAACAAGUCAGUCUAGAUUGACAGUUUGUAUUCUUGAAAAACUGACUAGGCAACUCUUACCAUGCGUGUUGACCUAGGUAGCGAUAAUUACGCAGGAAACGGAAGAUUAAAGUCUUGUCUCCACAUUGAAGUUCACGCACCGUUAGCCGUGACGUGGCAUAUUGUGAUAGCAUUGUUGAGGAGCUAUUGAAGCGUUUAUUAUAGAUAAAUGAAGACUGAAUUGAUAUUAUAAGCAGGCCAAGACUGAAUGUGGCAACUUCUGUCAACUUUUAUGGCACUAAGCCGCAGACUACAAGCAAUAAUCACAGGUUGUCAUGUGGACUUCCGCCACGAAAUAAAAAAAGACAGUCUUGCAUUAGACAUUUUGUUUCUGCAUUGCUUCGAAAACGUUUGUCGUCUCACUUCUGUUGAAUUGCGAUACAUUGUUUAGCAGGCGGAGAAGAGCAAGCAGACUUUGCCAUUCGGUAUUUGCGAAAGCCUUCGUUAGUUUUGAUGUUCGAAAUUACCGAAAUUAACGAAUAGUCAGUGUGUAGUAUUGGAUUCUGAUUCGAAACUUAUAUUAGCCCACCCCUAAGUAUUUUACUACUUUUAAUGGUCAUAUUAAGGACACCGAUAAGUUUCAAGCCGUGGGGUCCGAUUGUCUGUAGAGUCGGAAUACUGAUAUAAACACACCAUUUCAAGGAAGCUAGACAGCUCGAAAAUCAUUCAGUGGGUUCAAGCAAACUUCAAAUAUGUAUGUUUCAGGUUUCCAGGCGCAAGAUACGCUUCCCAUCUCCACGUUGUAGGAUCGCUGGAAGCACCCCCUAGACAAAAAAUGGAAUCGUCAGGGCCUAGCUUCCAGUCAUCUGGAAUGAAGUUCACAGAGGAGUCCUAAACGCCUCAUUAAAUAAGCAGUAAGGCUAUUUGAAGCUGAAGAGUAAUGCAAAGCGAGAAUAUAUAUUAUGGUGCUAUCGGACCCGGUCAGGUACGGCCGCUGUCAAAAGUUUACAAACAGCAAGAUCUUCCGCCAAGCAUGGGCACUGAUAGGAAGAAUAACAACUUUAUUCAUUUCGUCCCCCUUUCCGGUGUUUCCGAUCAGUGUAUCUAGAUAUUCCAGAUCACCGUGCAGAUCUUAUUGUGCUGAUAUUUCUUGGUCAGACUCUUGCCUCUCGUUUCCCAUUGAGCUUUGUGAAAAGUUCGGUCAGCACCACACCGAAGACACAUCUUUAGAGAAUAUCUUUUUCGGGGAAGAAAAUAUAUUGUUCUUUCUUCCAGUAAACAUAAAAUAAUAUCUGAUACUUGUGAACGGAAGUCGUUAUCUUGUUUUAUUUGUGCAUUUGUUGGUCAGUUUUAUUACCUGUGUUCACUAAACAUUUCGUUCUAAUUAUUGUUAGAACUAUUGUUUGUCUUGGCGUUUAUGACGUCUUUCUGUUACAGGUUUGUUAUGUUCUGCGUUUGAGAUACUUGUUUUGCUUGUUUCUGUUGUAAAUUUUAUGUCACUUGUUGCUAAAGUUCUUCAUUGAGAUUCUGUCUAGUAAAAUGUUUUUUGAUUCAA